AUAGUGCUUCGCACGUCUUCGGCUGCUAAGGCGUGUGCGUCGCGAACAGCUGAUGUUAAUUUUUGCCUCGUUCUUAUUUAGUUGCUUCGAAAAUGCACCCGCAAUCGCAUGAAAAGCUGCGUCCAGAAUUCUUCUAAGUGCGUUUGUCUUGCUAGUUUUGAGAUAUGUUAUACUUAAGCACAAGGCUCAGUGGUGCGUGCGAAAUGAAGAUCAGCGUAAUGAGUAGUUCUGGUGUUGAGUGGACUGUUGAGAUUUUGCCCGAGUACACUGUUGAAAAGCUGAAGCAAAUGUCUCUCAGUCAUUUCUGCAACCCGCUGGACUGCAUAAAGCUUUCCGAUUUCUACAAACUAGUAUCCGUUUCCCAAGCAAGACCGCUGUGUGAUCAAAGUUCUGUCAGAGAGGAAAAGAUCCGCGAUGGAGAUGAGCUGCUACUCCUGAAACGUAGUUCCACGUUUUCUUUAAAUGCGAACAAGUCAACUGAGGGUCAGAAGCAAGCAGUUCCGGACAAAGCUUCCAUCGAUUUAGCGACGGCGAAUGUCGAACGCAAGAAUUUCGACAAACCUGCCAUGGGCGUGCCGCUAGUUCCUGAUUUUCACACUGAGCUGAGAAGGAUAUUGGUUUCUCUUGUGGAGUUGUCCGAGAAACUGCUUCGUCAUCAUCCGGACAUUGAAAACAUCUUCAAGAAUUUGCAGGGCAAGCUUAUGGAGAACCGGGAACCUGAAAUCGAUGAAGCAGCAUUGAAAAAGCUGUUGGAGAUGGGAUUUGAUGAGCAACAAGCAAUUCAAGCAUUGAGAGAAAACAAGAUGUGUCCAAUGGCAGCAAUGGACUGGCUGCUAACCAAGGGCUGCAGGCAAGAAAAGGAUGCCGACUGUGAAACUUCCACAAAAGAUGUUCCUGCUGGUGCUACUGCUCAAGCUAGUGUGGUGAAUGCAGAAGUUUCAAAUUGCAGUGCAACAACAGAACCAGAGCAAAAAGGAAUUGUGAAUGCGAUGCUUGAAUGCUUUCAAGAAUACAAAAGGAAAGACUUUAAGCCCAAUAAAAAGGCCAUGAACAAUCUUAAAGAAAUGGGCUUUUCGGAAACUGCAAUCUUGGAUGCACUCCGAAUUCACAGCAACAGCCAGGAAGCUGCGUGUGAGUGGCUGCUAGGGGAUCGUCGACCUAAGCCUGUGGACUUGCAAGUUGGCCUUGACACCAGCAGUGGUAUAUACAGGUCCAUCGUCAGUAAUCCUGUGGUGCAGCUGGGCCUGUGUUCACCAAAGACUCUCCUAGCCUUGCUCCAAAUGCUGGAAAAUCCUGGUUGUGCCUCUCGCUGGCUGAAUGACUCGGACACAGCACCUAUUCUAAGCCAGAUCUUCCGUAUCUACCAUGCUGAGAAACACUCGGUGCAACUUGUGAGGCCCUUAGUGACGUGAGCAUGGCUACUGAGUGUAAUAAUGGAAUGUAACGAGGAAUAAAUUAAUGUGCAAACAGGGAUAUGUAGGGAGAUGUACUAAAGCAGCAUAUAUAGCAGGUAAGGAUAUGCCAUAUUUUUUCGAUUAUAAGGCGGUCGUGAUUAUAAGGCGAGGGUGCAGUUGGGGGGGACCCGAAAAAAAAACUUAAAUAUGCACACUUACAUAAAGUGAUGUAGAGUACCUGACGAAUUAUUCAGACUCAGUAGGGUUGCCCAAAAUACUGAAUUGGAAGCUCCCAAAAUAAUCAGUGUAGGUUAUAUAUCAACUUUGCCUCUCACUGCUGUGAAGGCACGCCAAAGGCAAAAUUCGCACUGCUUUAAAGUCACACCCUAAAGUCACACCCCAAGGUGAAAUUGGCCUACUAUAACCGGCAGCCCGUCUUUAAUGUUUUAUUUUUCUAAUUCUCAGUGCGGGCUAUAUUGAAAAUAUUGUGCUGCCUCACCUGCCAAGGCUUAUUAAAAUAAGUUACUACAAUUUGUGCUGCAGUCUAAAAUCUGAAUGGCCCGAAAUGUGGUGCUGCUAGCGCCGUAUUGAAAUAGUAACUGGAUCUAUUAGCAUCGCACAUAAGGUGGGGGAUGACUUCGAGGGUAGGGAUUCUGGGAAAAAACCUCGCCUUACAUUCAAAUAAAUAUGAUUAUUUCAAUCUUGUGUUUUUAUGAUAGCGUAGAGUGCAUUGCGUCAUCGCGUAUCUCUAAAAUGGGCAAUUGAAGACAUGGCUUACAGAUAGAAGUGACCACUAACAUCAGGAAAAAGUGUGAAGAAAUUUUUAUUUAUAUCAUCAUAAAUUAUGACCAUCAAUACAGAUUGAGAGGGUUUACUACUAUGUUAUUCAAGGCCAUUUUAUAAAAGUAUUGAUUACUGAAA